UCGAUACAUCUCAGCAACAUGGAGAACCCCCAAUCACAACGGACCCACAAGGUUGACUCCAGUCAAAAAGCCUCCAUUGAGUCUGAACGGGUGGACUAUCUCGAUCUUCCUGUGCGAGAACUGGCUGACGGCGCCGAUCUUCGAGAAUACACCACCGAGACACAAACAGGGGAGAUCAUCAAGCCUGUCAAGUCCAAUGCUACCGGCAAGAUUGGAGAUUGGAAGCUAGUCACAUUCACCAUUGAUGAUCCUGAGAAUCCCAAAAACUGGUCGAAAGCCUACAAAUGGUACUGCACAAUGGUUGUCGCGGUCACCUGCUUCGUUGUCGCAUUUGCUAGCAGUGUUAUCACUGCUGAUUUAACAGGUCCUAUGAAAUCCUUCGACGUUUCUCGUGAAGUUAGCUUCGUGGUUGUUACUGUUUUUGUCAUUGGAUUUGGUGUUGGGCCGAUGGUCUUUGCUCCAAUGUCAGAAAUGUUCGGUCGACGCCCGGUAUAUGCCAUUACUCUACUGAUAGCAGUGGUCUUUAUUAUCCCUUGCGCCGUCUCUAAGAACAUCGGAACCCUUAUUGUUUGCCGAGCGAUUGACGGCAUCGCCUUCAGUGCGCCAAUGACCCUGGUCGGUGGUACACUGGCGGACAUGUGGAAAAACGAGGAGCGAGGCGUGCCAAUGGCUGCGUUUAGUGCAGCACCCUUCAUUGGCCCGGCCAUUGGUCCUCUUGCUGGUGGCUUUCUUAGUGAUAAUUGUGGCUGGAGGUGGCUCUACUGGUUGCAACUGAUUCUGGCCUUUGUUGCCUGGGUCUUAAUCACUUUCACCGUCCCUGAGACAUAUGCGCCAAUCUUGUUGAAGAAACGUGCCCAGGAGCUUCGCAGGGCUGAAAACGACCCUAGGUACACUACUGAAGCUGAGCUCGACCCUCGCCCUAUGGGGCAGAAGUUGCGCAUCUUCCUCUUCCGUCCGUUCCAGCUUCUCUGCCUAGAACCGAUUGUCUUUUUUAUUGCCAUUUACAUGUCGGUCCUGUACGGAUUGCUGUACAUGUUCUUCGUUGCAUACCCUAUUGUCUACCAAAUUGGCAAAGGAUGGAGCGCCUCGAGCACUGGUAUGAUGUUCAUUCCUAUGGCUAUCGGAGUACUCAUGAGCGCCGCCUGUGCUCCUUUCGUGAACAAGAACUAUCUUAAGAUCUCCGAACAGUAUGGUGGCAAGCCUCCGGCUGAGAAGCGCCUGAUUCCCAUGAUGUAUUCUUGCUGGCUCAUCCCGGUUGGACUUUUUAUCUUUGCCUGGACAUCAUACCCCGAGGUCCACUGGAUUGGACCCGCCAUUGGAGGUUUGCCCGUCGGUUUCGGAUUCAUCUUCCUGUAUAACUCCGCCAACAACUACCUUGUCGACACCUAUCAACACCAGGCCGCCUCUGCUCUUGCAGCCAAGACAUUCCUGCGGUCCAUGUGGGGUGCUUCCACUGUUCUCUUCACAGAGCAGAUGUACGACCGCCUCGGCUACCAGUGGGCAAGCUCACUUAUUGCAUUUAUUGCCUUGGCCUGCUGUGCCAUCCCGUACGUCUUCUACUUCAAGGGCGAGUCCAUCCGUCGCUUCUCCAAGUAUGCCUUCGCCGAUGAUGAGGAGCAGACGGCCAAAGUUUGA